AUGUCCACUUUAUACCAGUCUUUGCUGCUUGCUGGACUCUGUGCAUUGGCCCAUUGCCAUAUUGUUCCUGAGAUCCAGGAAUACCCUGACCACCACUCUCACCACUCUCCUGAUGAAGAUGACGGUGGAAGCAAAACUUUGACCAGUUGGGAAUUAGCCCAGGACAAUGAUGAUGAUGCUUUUAACUACCAACAUCUUGCUUUAAUGGUCACCAGCAGUAAUCUUAUCAUCGCUCCUGUGAGUACUUUAAUUGCCUAUCUCUUCCCAUCCCUGACACAAUCAGCCACUCCAAGUCUCCAUUUUUCAGAACUUGGGUUUGAUUCCACAGAGCUCAGUGAGCAGAAGAAAAAGGAAGGUGUUUGCAUUCUCCUUCAUAUGUUAAACCGCAUUGAGGUUAAGCUCCAGAUGAACAUUGGGAAUGUCAUUUUUACAGACAGCAAAGUACAAGAGCUUCAGAACUUCUUGGAUGAUGCUGAAAAUCUCUAUCAAAAUUUUUCUGUUUGUUCUAAGAGAUAUGUAGAAACUGAGGACCCAAUGAACACCACAGAUGAUGCCUAUGGCAAGUUAGUUGACCUCAUCAAGGAUCUUGAUCCUGAUUUUGUGGUGGCUUACAUAAAUCAUACUUUCCUUAAAGCCUACACAAAGAAUCCAUUCUAUUACCGGCCUACUCAAGAAGAGGACUUCUUUUUGUCUAAUGGCACAACAGUAAAGGCUGAAAUGAUGCAUAAAGCCAGGUGUUACAACACUUAUUUUGACAAGGAACUGUCCUGUGAGGUGGUACAGAUGCCUUACAAAAGCAACACUUCUGCAUUCUUCAUUCUACCUGAUCAUGGGAAAAUGAAGCUGGUGGAAGAGGCCAUUGGGGAAAAGCUUUUUCAAAGAUGGAAUAAUUCACUGGAACCAAAAUGUUUGGAUAUACACAUUCCACAACUUUCACAGUCUACAGUUAAAAGUUCAGAUAGAAGUGAUGUAUUCUCAGACCAAUCUGGAAUUUCCAGGAAAGCUCAGCUGAAAAUAUCUAAGGCUAUCCAUAAAGCUCAUUUGAAUAUCCAUGAGAAUGGCACUGAAACUGCUGCCACCACUCUCAUUGAAAUGGCCCCAACUUCUUUCCUCCCUGUAUUUACGUUCAACAAGCCCUUCCUGUUUUCAAUUAUAGACGACACUACUGGUGUCACCUUGAUCUUCGGGAGAGUUAUGAAUCCUAAUGAACCCUUCAUAUCCUCU